ACCGGUUGAGAGGCGUGUUCAGAUCCCUUGAUGCUGCUGUAAUAAAGAUGGCGGAGAGAGGAGACGGCCAACAGAAAAGCUCAGUGAUUGCAUGAGGUCCUCACGAGAACAUUUGGGUAGUUAGUGCUGGCAGAAGAUCUGGCCUCCCAGGAUGGACAGUGCUUAGAUGUGGGCAACGUUUAAGCUGAAUGCAUUGUGAUUUCCAAUAAUUGAGACAGUGAUUUCUAAAAAGCUGUCUACAUUAAUGAAAAGAACAAUGUAGUCAGCUUAGCAUAUUCAACCCUGUACAUUAAUAUUAUUAAAUAGGUGUCUUGAGCUGUUUAAUAUAUUCAUGCAUGUGUUAGGGCUGCAGUUGUUUUAAGCUGAAGAGUUAUACAUAGGCAGAUCCCUUCCUAGUUGCAUUCUCUCAGUUUUUAAUAUAGCUUUUUUAAGAAAUUGAACAUGGAUGUGAAUGAGAUUUUACCUCCCCUCCCAUUGGAGCCACCAGACGCAGUAUUUGCAGGGAAUGAUUACUGUAAAGCACCUCCACCACCUCCCCUGCAAACGUCCAGUGACGCAGAGGAAAUGGACGUUAGCUCUGGUGGUGAUGGACACCAAAGCACCCCAGCAGUGGACAGGGAUGAACAGCUCUUCCUCAACAAACGCACAUUGUCCUUUAGUGUCCACCCAUCAGAUAAUCCUGACCCUUUGGCCACGUGCCCUAGAACCGCUCGCCAUGCUCCCCCAGUUACCAAAUUCUUACCUGACCUCAAACUACUUAGAGAUGUAAAGAUCAGCGUCAGUUUCUCAGACGGCAGUAGGAGUAAAGACAGGAAGGUGUUGUACACGGGUAUGGGGCAGGGUAGCGAAGAAGAUCACAGCCUAGAGAGCCUGAAUGGUGAGUUGCAUGAUUCUCUAGACCAGGGGAGUGUGCCGGGCAGCUCGGGCACAAGUAAUGAUUCUCUAGGUUUAGCUAGAAACAUUGAAGUGAUGGAGGCUGAGCAGGAGAACAAGGUUGAGUUUGCUGUGCUGGAUGACCUGGAAGAUUUCAGCGAGAACUUUCUGGAAGUGGAACAUGGAGAGCAGAGUGGUUUCAGGUCUGAGAUGAUAGUUCAACAGGAGCGCGUGCGUGAGGAGGAACUGAAUUACUCCUAUGAGGAGGACUUUGACAAUGAUGUAGAUGCCCUGCUGGAGGAAGGCAUGCCCUUGCCCAAGAAGAGGCGUCUGGCUGAGGACAUUUACACUGGAGACAGUGAUCACCGUUCAGACGGAGAGGCUGGAGUUCAGCCCAUGAUGACCAAAAUUAAGACCGUUCUUAAGAGUCGUGGGCGUCCACCUACCGAGCCGUUACCUGAUGGUUGGAUCAUGACAUUCCAUAAUUCUGGCAUUCCAGUCUACCUCCACCGGGAAACCAGAGUUGUAACCUGGUCUAGACCUUACUUCCUUGGAACUGGAAGCAUUAGGAAACAUGACCCACCAACCAGUAGCAUUCCCUGCUUGCACUACAAGAAAAUGAAGGAACAAGAGGAAAGGGAACAAAAUGGAGAGGUGACUCCGAAUGCAGAGGUGUCGCCGGUGAAAUCGGGGGAAGAGGGGAUCUCAUUGGAGAGAGUUGACGAGCCAGACUCUACUGCUACAGAAGAGGCACCUGGCCAGACUACAUCAGAAGAGCCAGAUCUUGACCUCAUGGAGCCAGGAGGGUCUUCAGAGGGGAAGGAAGGACAGUCCAGUGAUACUGCACAGGGAGCCCUGGGCCAGGUCAAAGCCAAGGUUGAGGUCUGCAAAGACGAAUCUAUUGAUAUUGAACGAUUCAGAAGCUACCUAGAGAAGUGCUUUGAUUUUGAGCAAGUGACGGUGAAGAAGUUCCGCACAUGGGCCGAGCGCAGGCAGUUCAACAGGGACAUGAAGAGGAAGCAAGCAGAAUCUGAGAGGCCCAUCCUACCAGCCAAUCAGAAACUCAUCACGCUGUCUGUGCAGGAUGCGCCCACAAAAAAAGAAUUUGUCAUCAACCCUAACGGGAAGUCAGAGGUGUGCAUUUUACAUGAGUAUAUGCAAAGAGUGCUCAAGGUGCGACCAGUUUACAACUUUUUUGAAUGUGAAAACCCAAGUGAACCCUUUGGAGCCUCGGUCAUUAUAGAUGGUGUUACAUAUGGCACAGGAACAGCAAGUAGUAAAAAACUUGCGAAGAACAAAGCUGCUCGAGCAACACUGGAGAUCCUCAUUCCUGACUUUGUCAAACAGACGUCAGAGGAGAAGCCCAUAGAGGGAGAUGAACUGGAGUAUUUUAAUCAUAUCAGUAUUGAAGAUUCAAGGGUGUAUGAGCUGACCAACAAAGCAGGUUUACUCUCACCAUAUCAGAUCCUUCAUGAGUGCCUUAAGAGAAACCAUGGGAUGGGAGACACCAGCAUCAAGUUUGAGGUGAUCCCAGGAAAGAACCAGAAGAGUGAAUAUGCCAUGACAUGUGGGAAGCACACUGUACGCGGCUUAUGUAAGAAUAAGAGGGUGGGAAAGCAGCUGGCGUCACAGAAGAUUCUUCAAAUGCUUCAUCCUCAUGUGAAGAACUGGGGCUCACUGCUGCGCAUGUACGGCAGAGAGAGCAACAAGAUGGUCAAAAAGGAGAAUUCUGAUAAGAGUGUGAUCGAACUUCAGCAGUUUGCCAAAAAGAACAAGCCAAACCUUCACAUCCUCAACAAGCUACGAGAGGAGAUGAUGAAGCUUGCUCAAGAAAGGGAGGAAGCAAGGAAGAAGCCGAAGAUGACUAUAAUGGAGUCAGCUCAGCCUGGCAGUGAGCCUCUGUGUACUGUUGACGUCUAAACCCUCGUGAUAGCAGAUAGCACUGACCAAUGGCUAAUAGUUAAAAGGUCAUUGUGCCAUUACUGAAUUAUGCAUUACUUUGCAGUCCAAAUGGCAAUACUAGUUACAUUUUAUCCAAUGUUUGAGCACUACUCUCAAUCCAGUUAUGUCCAUGUUUUAUGGGUUUAGUAAGUCGUAUAAGGUCGUAUGCACUAAGGGAUGGUAGAAUGAGCAUUAUAUACCUCCAGAUGCACUUCUAAACCUGUAAGUGCUCAAAUAUAAUGACUAUUCAGCUGAUGACAAGAAUGCCUAUAUGAGUCAAAAUGGUAAAAAAUAUGUUGAAUAAGUAUUACAGAUGCUUGCAUUUUAAGUGUGUGGUUUUUAGAUGUUAAUAAAAUUGUUAUUCCCUUAAAAUAAACUGCAAAUAAAUUCAUUUAAUAUUUACAAUGAAACUACAGAUUUCACAAUGACAGAUACUAUUGCAGUACUCGCAGUUUAUGCAUUUAAACAAACAUGUCUGUCAUUUUACAAAGAUCAGUUCCUUUAAUUUCUAAUGUCAGCUUCUGGUAUGCAGAGUUGGUCAGAUUCUGAUUUUUCAUUGCCGACAGUGCACGUGACAUUUUAUCUGGAAAAUAGGGUUUAUAAUGACUUGCACUGUGGUUAUCUUCAGUGGCCAGGUCUAGUCCUAAUGGACCAUAGUCAGAGUAUCACCAUAUUUAUCUUUUGACAGGUAUGAAAACAUGACAGGGAGUGAUAGACUUACAUUCUAUUCAAAGGGUUGUACUGUUGUUUAAAUUGUUGAUUGUUCAGCUGAUGAAACAUUGAAAACAUCUCAAAAAAUAUUGGAAUGGACAGAAAAGCUGUGAUCUAGGAUCUUUAUAUGAUUUAUGACAUUGUACAGACUGUAAGUCUAUCACUCACAGCCUUGUUUUCAUCUGUGAAAAAUGUAAUAUUGUACCUAAGGUCUGCUCGGACAUUAAACAAAUGUUGUAUUUCUAAAGCAUUUAAUGUGCACACCUCCAACUGCUGUUCAGAAAUGUACUAAUGUUAGAACUGUUUACUUGUAUGAAAUGAACAACUCUUUUUAAUUGAGUGGUAAUGCAUAUCAAUGGCCAUCUUGACUAAUUUUAAGUAGUAGUGUUGUCUUCAGUAAGCACUGCAGAGAAAACAUAAGCACAAUUGUUUGAGGUACUGUAGUUAUUAUGGGAGAUAAGAUGAUAGUGUGUGCUUUUUUUGAUGUUACAGUUGUUAUGCUCAGAUAUAAUCUUAACUCUUGCAUUAGAGACUGGUUGUUAAUUUUCACUAGAAAAUUUUUUUUGUGUAUGUUGCCUAGUGUUUCCCCUUUCAUUUAUGGUACAAUGUGUUUCAAAAGGGAAACAAAUCUCACUCAAAUCUGCAUUUGUGAUGCUAUACGUUACGUACAGUAUUUGCUGUGGAGUGAUGCUUGCUUUCUUGCAUUGAUACUCUAGAGAAAAUGCGUUUUGAAGCAUGUACUUAUUUGCGUGUGUUUCAGAUAAUUUUGUAUGGUUUGUGUACAUUUGCCAUGGUGAUAAGAGGUGAUUGUGUGCUCAUUUUAUUUAGGUUUUAUCACUUUGGUGUAUUAAAUAGUUUGAACCACAAUCAUUAUUUCAAAAGGCAGUCUACCUACAAGAAAAAGGUGGUAACUCCAUACCUCGAAAAAAUCAGACCAUGUCAUAAUAUUCAAUAGCUUGAAGAACAGUGUGAACCAAAGCUUUAACCGUCUUAUGCAUUUUUUUUUUUUUUUAAGAAUACAGCUGCAUAGCUAUUCAUAAAUUAUAUUUAACACAUAUGUAACACAAUGUUAAAUAAGGAAAAAAGAUGCAAUAACUGCUGGUUUAAAAUAUGGUCCCUGUUUGAAGAAAAUCUCUUUCUCUAAAAUCACAAUUAUUGGGGAGGGACAAAAAUAUUCUGGCCUUGUUAAGAUAUGAGACCAAGGUCUUCAAAGUCACUGUUUUUAUACUGAGUGGAGAGGAGGAAAAAUCAGGUUUUCUUGGGACAGAGACUAAAUAAAACCGUCAUUGGUUUAGUAUUUUAUUUGGUGUGCUUCUGAAUGUUUACUGCAUCUAUGAAGGCACUUACCUGUUUUCCAUGAGCACAAGGCUUCUGCCAUGCUGAUAAGAGUGCUUAGAGAAUGUGCUUUCCCAAUAAAUGUCUGGAGUGUACGACUUGUUCUGUCUGUCUUGCCAAGUGUGUAUUAGUUGUAUGAAGAAAUGUGAUUUUUAGUUGUAAUCAUUGAAGGGAUAAUGCUGAAUGAUUUAGCUGCAAGUAACGCUGCCUAAAUAUUUUUUUAUUUUAAUGUUACAUGAUCGCUGAUACACAGUGAUUUGUUUAUGCAAAUAAAUCAUGACCAGAAACUGA